AGCAGCGAGCGCCUCGCCAUCAUCAUCAGACCUCAGACGAACACACACACACACACACACACACACACACGAGCUCACAUCGCAACAGCACCCCGCACAUGACCAACCGCGCCUUCUCCGCCAUGGCAGCGAGCCACCAAUCAUCCUACAUGAUCCGAUUCGACGGCGCCCACUCCGACGACCCGUCGCCGAGCUCCGCCGGCGCCGAGCCGCCGGGCCCCGCGCAGCCGCAGCCGCAGCCGCAGCCACCGUUCGCGGGGCGGAGGAUGAUCUCCCCCGAGCAGGAGCACCAAGUCAUUGUCGCCGCCCUGCUCCACGUCGUCUCCGGGUACACCACGCCGCCGCCGGAGGUCUUCCCGCCUCCACCGCCGCCGACAGCGGCGUGCUGCCAGCUGUGCGGGAUGGAGCGGUGCCUCGGCUGCGAGUUCUUCGCCGCCGCCGGGGAGGGCUGCUUAUUACCAGCGACGACCGCAUUGGACGGCGCGGGGAAGGCAGUGGCCGCGGCGACAAGCGCGGCGCCGGGGCAGAGGAGGCGGAGGAAGAAGAAGAACAAGUACCGCGGCGUGCGGCAGCGGCCGUGGGGGAAGUGGGCGGCGGAGAUCCGCGACCCGCGCCGCGCCGUGCGCAAGUGGCUGGGCACGUUCGACACCGCCGAGGAGGCCGCCAGGGCGUACGACCAGGCCGCCAUCGAGUUCCGCGGCCCGCGCGCCAAGCUCAACUUCCCGUUCCCCGAGCAGCUGGCGACGGGCACGGGCCACGACGAGGCCAGCGCGGCCGCCACCACCAAGUCGUCGGACAACACGCUGUCGCUGUCGCCGUCGCUCUGCAGCGACGAGCGGGAGCGGGAGCGGGGGCAGCCGGAGUGGCUGCCGAGCGCCGGGCUCGGAGGGCAGGAAACAGGGGAGCAGCUCUGGGAAGGCCUGCAGGACUUGAUGAAGCUGGACGAAGGCGAGCUCUGGUUCCCGCCAACCUCGAGCGCUUGGAAUUGAAACGUCCGCGAUCAAAUCCCAGCCGUUCAACUAGUUUGAAAAGGAACAUCCUAGCCUUUCGCUAUGCUUUUUUUUUAUGACUCUUCUUUUUCUGAGCUCUGUUGUACUUAUUUGAACAAAGCAGAGUUUUGUAAAUUACAGUAGAGUCCUCCUACCAAGUAUAUUGAACAGGGCAAUUUUGGAGUGUACGUAUUUUCUACUUGGAAGCAAUUAACACGAGAUGACUACUGAC